UAAAAAUAUGUCUAAAUUAGACGAUUUUUUUGAUAAAAAGAAAGAUGAGGCACCGAUGCUUGAUUUAUCAAAAACUAUUAUUAAUACAGCAGAGGAAUAUAGAGCUGUUUUAGACAAAGUUCCGGACUUCAAAACUAGACCAGAAAAGGUAAAAGCUGAUGAUAUAAAAAUAAAGGACAAAGCCGAAGAUCAUAAAACAAAAACACCUAAAAAAGAAAUUCGCGCUUAUGAAAAGUUAGGAACGCGAGGUUACGAAGAAAAGCAAUUUACGUUUAUGGAUCCUAUACCUGUCGAAAUGAGAGGACUGAAAUUUGAAGAACUAUGUGCCGUGCCCAUAGAAUGGAAAAUGCUCACUUCAAUUAGGCCUAAAUUAAAGUCGGACGAAGAAUAUUUUAAUAGAUUGAUAGAACUUGGCAAAGCUGAAUUAAAAACCAAAGCUCGGGAUAAAAGAGAGAUGACCAAAAAUACUAUGAUCAGGAAAACAAAGAAUCGCUCCGGCGUUACAGAAACUAGAAUCCUGACAUGUCUGGAAUGUGGCGAAGAAUACUGCAAUGGUAAAAUGUGCGCCAUCACAAACUACGAUAUGUUUGCCCGCCUAAAAAUUGAAGUGGAGACGAAGACACGGACUCAGGCGGCGCCUGCGCAAUCUGGCGGCAAAUUACGUCGCCUGAAACGACGUGUGCGACGAAAACCGCGCAGUAAGAGCGCAGCGCCCGUGACACGCAAACCCAAUGUCAAGUCAGGUGCCAAGAGCGAUUAGAAACUAUAUAAACAAACCACUACCGCUAUAAAAGUCUUAUAAAACAUAUCUACUUAAGGGGCCAUCCUAAAAUUUCGUCACACAUUAAAGAGGACAACAGUGUGACAAGGUAGGGGUCCUAAAUUUCAAUUGUCUCAUUUAAAAUAUAAAUAUUAGACUAUCAACGAAUAACUUCAAAAUAUCUUCAAUUAGUCUACUACUGGUUUAAUGCACCAGGCAUUGCAAAAUAUGUCCUCAUACUACAGCAAAGGUCUCAAAAAUGUGACCAGCUGUGACGCAAGGACGCAAUUUAUGUAUGGCCCCUUAAUUAUAAAUGACAGCUGCUAACAAUUCACAAUUGAAAGGAAUUAAAAUCGAUAGGUAUAUGACUUUGAACGAACCUGCUGAACGUUGAAGUUACAAAUUCGCUUAUAAAAGAUUUUCAUUUGAAAUGAAGUCAGAAUGGGUCGGUGGAAAGAAUAUAAAAUAUACCUACGCAAUCCAACUUUACAUUUGGCGGUAGACCCAAAUGUAAAGUUGGUUUCGUUUCUAUAUGCACUCGAAUACAAUUAAUAAUUUAUUUGCCAUUUUCAAUUAUAACAAAUACUGAAUACUACAAACUAUUUGGAUUUUUUAAGUCAGUUAAGAUACUAUUGAAUUAUGAUAGCAUUGUGUGCCUUGUAUUAUGAAAUAUCUAUUAUUAGUAUGUACUUACACUACACGCUUUAAAUUGUCAAAUUAAAUGCAAUAUAAUCAUUAUAGCUGUAAGACGUUUCUCCAAUAUACAAACUUGGAAU